AUGGUCGUCACAAAUUCGGUAUUCUGUGAACAGAAACAUUCAAAUUAUUUAAAAAUUUUUCCUUAAUAAAGCUUAAAAGAUAAAAAAAGGGUCGUCAUGGCAGGCUAACGGUGAUAAAAAUUCAAAAAAAUUGAAAAGGUUUCCAUUUUCAACUUCAAAAAAGGCUGCCUGUCGGUUAGAGCUAGACUUAUUUUUAAAUGAGAAAGGAAAAAGGAUGGACACGAGCAUUUCGAAAAAGAAAAAGUGAAAUGAAAAACAAGAGGAAUAUAUAUUCUUUCGGAUGAUUUAGGCUGAGUGCGGCUCACAAAGGGAGAAUGAGGUCGUGGGAGAGGAAGAGAACCAAACGAAGAACAGACGAGAAGGAGGAACGCCAGGCUCCACCACACGUACACCAAGGCAGCACCCUCGGUCCGAGGGAGACACACCACCGCGUUCGUUUACAGAUCGAUAUGACGGAAUUUCCGUCUGUGAUGAGCGCUCGAAAUUUGCCUUGUUCAUCUCGAAAUCCGGCAAGUUCAUCGCUCAACUCUGUCUUUGA